AUGGCUCCCGUCGCAAAGAAGUCUGGCGCCAAGGGCAAGGGCCCUAAGGUGACCAAGAAGUUCAUCAUCAACGCCAGCCAGCCGGCGAGCGACAAGAUUUUCGACGUGUCGGCCUUUGAGAAGUUCCUGAACGAACGCAUCAAGGUCGACGGCCGCGUCGGCAACCUGGGCGAUGUCAUCAAGAUUUCCCAGAUCGGCGACGGCAAGGUCGAGAUCAUUGCCCACAAUGACCUGUCGGGCCGCUACCUCAAGUACCUCACCAAGAAGUUCCUCAAGAAGAUGCAGCUCCGCGAUUGGCUCCGUGUUGUCGCCACCUCUAAGGGCGUCUAUGAGCUCAAGUUCUACAACAUCGUCAACGACGAGGCUGAAGAGGAGGAGGACUAA